AACUCUGUUCAACUGAGAGGUUGAUAAGCAGCAGUUCGUGUGAGUUUAGAGGCAGUGAAGCAUUUGAUCGGAGCUACUCAGCACAGCAGAAGGUGAGAGCGAUCUUUCAGACUUCAUCCAUUACAUCAUAAUAAAGAGACCUUUUUUGUUCUGGCGGUGUUCAGCAGUGCCAAAAGAAAUUCACACACAUUAUAUACAUUUAAACUAAUCAACUUCCUGAAACUUCUCUACGCCUGUUAUACUACUUAAUGAUGUGAUGUGCUUGCUGCUCUUCACCAUUCCCUGUUCUUCUAAAGUUACAAACGCUUAAAACGUUGCUUUGCUGAACAGAAAGAGUGUACGAGAGGGAGAGUCGUGGACAACUUGCAUGUCGGAGGGUUGUUUUGAAUGCUCCUAUAGUUCAGCAGCAUUCUGCAGAGCUGAUGUAAUGUUUAUGACCCCGGUUCGUAUGGAUGUGAAUGAGUGUUGGUGGUGGUCGGAGGGGCCGUAGGCGCUGAUUGGCUGCCACGCUUCCGUCAGUCUGCCCCAGGGCAGCUGUGGCUACUGAUGUAGCUUACCACCACCCGGAUGACUGUGUGUGUGGAUGACUACUGGACUCUGGACUCUGGACUCUGUAAAGCGACUUCGAGUGCCUUGAGAAGCGCUAUAUAAAAUAAAUGAUUAUUAUUAUUAUUAUUAUUAUGAUAAUGAGAUCAUAUAAUUGUAGUUCAUUAAAUGCAUUUGUCAUAACACUCGAGGCAAUCUUGCCUCAAUGGAUAACAUCAAUAAUGCUGGUUUCAGGGACUCAUCAGGAUCACAUGGGCCUGAUAUUGAGUGAAAUAUCUUAACUAUUGGAAGUAUUGCUGUGGAUAAGUUCCUCGAAAGUACUUUUUAUUAAUCCUUUGACUUUUAUUAUAUGUAUUCAGAAAAAUAUCACAAACAUUGAGAGCUGAUUCAUAGUUCUGAGUACACGGUAAAUUCCCCAGUGUUCAAAAUUUAGUAAAGUAUAUUGACUCUUUCAGAGUUAUUACAACACUAGCAAUAUUCAAAGUAAACACGUUUGUGUAAAAUAUACGGUGUCAAAGGGAAUUGACUGUCAGUCAUCACAGCUAGAGCAAACCCCCAUUGUUGAUGACGUUUCUCUAGAAAGCUCCGCCCCCUCCUUUUCCUUUCAAAUUGAGUUUCAUCACCCGCGUUUUAAUUCUAGAAAGAAUUUCUCUAAAACCCUUUUUUUAUAUCAAAUGUUGAUAAUUCAGCAGAAGCAAUAUUUUAGAAUAACUCUUUAAUGUGUUCAAUUUACACUCGAGAUGUUUUUGAGUCUUGAAAUACCAAUUUGCAGAUGGCUAACGUGACCGAGUCAAAAGCUGCACAAUAAAAUUAAAGAGUACAUUAACUCUAAGCCAGUAAACAUGGUCCCUAUCUACAGAGUGUUAAAGAGCCACUGUGGCUCAGUAGUUAGCAAGUCUGUCUUCCAAUCAGGGGGUCGGCGGUUCAAUCCCUAGUCCUUGAGCAAGACAGCUGUGUCUAUGGUGUCUGAAUGUAAGUAGUUUUGGAUUAAAGUGUCAGCUAAAUGUAGAAGAAGGCAGGCUUGGUUGAUGUCUCCAGCAGCUCAUAUCAGAUUAAUGUAGAUUAAUAAACAGGGGGUGAACAUGUCAGGACGUGUGCUCUGCCACAAACAAAUUCUGUCCAAUGAGGUUUUAAUGUUUUCUCCGGGACACCGUAGCAUAACUUUAGCAAUGUCCAAUACUAUUGCAUCACAUUACACGUUGGUUACACAGGAUCCUGUCGACACGACCACGGUCAAAAUCUUGGCAGGAGCACAUAAGACACAGUGCACUAAAUAGUGAGACUAAUGAGGUAAUGGGCUGCAGGUGAGAACCAGGUGAAGGGAAUGAGAGAUUAUCUGGCAGGGACUGGAAUGACAUCAGAUUUAAUUUAAUCAGGAGAACCAGAUGAAAACUACUAAUAAGCAGGAGAAUUUAUGACAGCAAUAAAGGUACAUUUUGGGGUGAACCAUCCCUUUUUUCGUACUGUUCAUUGGGUGGAUUACCCAGGAAGUAAACAUGGAAGCUAGAAACCUUUUUUGGGGUCGUAGAAGACAAAGAUCUCAUUGGACGGAAUGGGUGCCAUCUCGAGGGGCCGGCAUCCAGUUCUUAUAAUGUGGCAUGGCUGAUUGCUAUUGGUCUUGCUUCCUCAGUGCUUGGCGAUGGUUCGGCGUGUGGCAGUGGUCGGAGCGGGCAAUUCUGGCCUGCUUUGUAUCAAGGCCUGUCUGGACGAAGGCCUGGAGCCCAUCUGCUUCGAAAGCAGCGAUGACAUCGGCGGCCUGUGGAAAUAUAAGGAGUCGCCAGAGCGAGCCAGCAUCUAUCGCUCCUUGGUAGUCAACACCUCCAAAGAGAUGAUGUGUUUCAGCGACUUCCCCAUGCCCGCCGACUACCCAAACUACAUGCACAACUCCCAGCUGCUGCAGUACUUCCGGCUCUACGCGGACCACUUCGACCUGCUGCGAUACAUUCGUUUCCAGACCACAGUAAAGAGUGUUACCCAGAGGCCUGAUUUCUCGACAUCCGGUCAGUGGGACGUGGUGACCACGAACGGGGAUGGAGUGGAGGAGAGUCACGUGUUUGAUGCCGUUAUGGUGUGCUCCGGCCACUACACCAAUCCGGUCUUACCCCUGUCUGACUUUCCAGGAAACGAGACAUUUUCUGGCAGGUGUCUUCACAGCCAGGAAUAUAAAAACGCGGAUGCCUACAGAGGGAAGAGGGCGGUGGUGGUCGGCAUCGGCAACUCCGGAGGAGAUAUCGCGGUGGAGAUCAGUCGAUCUGCAGAGAAGACCUUUCUCAGCACGCGCCAGGGCUCCUGGGUGUUGGGCCGGAUGUCCAGUAACGGCCUUCCCUUGGACAUGGUUCAUGUCAGCAGACUCAACAACGUCCUCAUGCGGCUUCUUCCCAAGUCUUUCGUCAACUGGAUGGUGGAGCGAAGCCUCAACAGCCGAUACGACCACCAACUGUACGGCCUGAAGCCCAAACACAGAGUUUUGGACCAAAAGCCGUUGAUCAACGACGACCUUCCUAGUCGGAUUCUUCAGGGGGCGCUCGUGAUGAAACCCAACGUGAAAGGAUUCACGACCUCCGGGGUCGUGUUUGAAGACGGCACUGUGGAGGAGAACAUCGACACUGUGGUUUUCUGUACCGGUUACAAUGUGAACUUCCCGUUCCUGCCUCCAGCUCUAUCGGAGGGGCCUCACAAAGAGCUGACGUUGUACAAGUCAAUGUUUCCUCCGUCUCUCUCACGACCCACGCUGGCCGUCCUAGGUAUUUGCCAUGCUAGAGGACCGAUUUUGCCCAUCGUAGAAAUGCAGGCGCGUUGGGCUGUGAAGGUCUUCACCGGUUUGAGCCGUCUGCCACCGAAGGAGAAAAUGCUGGAGGUCAUUGAGAGUGAGAGGAGAAGAAACAUGAAACGCAUUCCCUGCCCACGAAAGGCGGCCCUCCAGGUAGAUUACAUCCCGUACCUGGAUUUCAUGGCGGAACAGGUCGGAGUGCGACCCAACAUCUUCAGCCUACUGCUGAGAGAUCCCGUGCUCUGGGUCAAGGUCUUCCUUGGUCCCUGCACGCCUUAUCAGUAUCGUCUCACGGGGCCUGGAAAAUGGGCCGGAGCCCGUCGGGCCAUCCUCACCCAGUGGGAUCGGGUGGCUCAGCCCUUCAGGACCCGAGAGGUGCCGGAACCGGAGACCCGACCCUCGGUGCUCUUCUCCCCCUGGCUGCUCGUAUCCGCGGGAGCGGUGACGAUAGCCAUCGUUCUGUCUAAAAAUGACCUGGUCCCGGUGCUGCAGGGUGCGGCUCGGGUUCUGGACCAGAGCAAGAUCUUCCUGUGGGACUUCACUGUGUGGUCACGAUAACGCGAUAAAUAAAUAAAAAUCCAGGUCCAGUUCUUAACGCAGGAUCUAAAAUCCUAUAUGUUGUACAGGAAGUUGGGUUUAGGAAACAAAACCACGCAGUGUUGGGUUUAGAAGAUGACGUCAACCUGACUAGCGAGUGACAAAAAUGUCCAUGUUCACUUUUGAGUUUCACACGGGACACGAAGAGCGGUCUCCGGCAUUAUAGUCGUGUGUUUGUUGCAUCUACCACCACCCCUCCCUCUUUGCUAUCGCACCCUUGGGUGGGUUUAAAUUAGUGAGUUAGAUGGGAUGUGAGACCUGGUUAGAUCUGCUUUUAAUAUCCAAAGAGAGAGAGAGUUCAACUUGAGUCAUGUACUCUAAUAAAGUUUGUCCAUGUAGUGUUUGGCAUGCAGAUAAAUUAAAAUUGGUGUUCGAAUAUGAUAAUAUGGGGUUAUAAAAUUGUGAAAUUAGGAUUAGGACGUGCAAAUAUUGCAUGAUGGUUUUGGGUCACAGAGCAUUAUUUUGGUUGAUUUAGUGAAUGUAUGUUACUGCUGUAUUGAACAUCAUUAGUGGUAAAAAAGGGAAACAAACAGUGUGUUACAUGAGAAUGAAUUUAAAAGGCAGACAAUGGACCCUAUUUCCCCAUGUUUUGUUGUACUUUGAGUUGUUCAUUUGCGUUCCAGAACCAAACAGUCUGUCAAUCAUCAACCGGCGGACCGGAGGAGGGACCACCAGGCGUAUUUUGGCAGCCAAAUCCAAUUGCAUGUUUUCUUGCUUCUUCACCUACAUUUUUGGAUGACCAGAGCAUAUUCCUAACACAAAUACAGUUUUUAUGGAAUUGAAAUGCUUAUGUUCCAAGAAUGCCCAGAUUCGAUUAAACUAAAUUUGUAUUUAUUUUA